AUGCGAGAGGCCCUCCUGUCUCUGGUCCGCGCCGCCUCCGUGUUGCCCAAUCAGCAGCACUCAGUCUUCUCCCUGUCAAUGCGACCGGAAAGCUCCAUGCGUGUCAGCCUCCUUCAAAGAGUUUCAGUCUUUAAGGCUGAGGUCGGCAGAUCGCUCAAGAUCUGCGGGCUGAGGUCGCUGCAGAACCCUGCUGCUCUGCCGGAGCGCUCCUCUCAGAGGCCCAGGGCUGUUGGUUCAGCAGAGGAAAACACGCUCACGUUACACAGCCCAUUGUGUAACCCAGACUCAAGCGGUCUUAUAACAGAUGGCACUAAGAACAAGAUCAACUAUACUCAUGGAGACGUGCUGUGCGCUCUUCAAACCAAGGAUUAUUCCUCCACAGAUAUUGUGUGGGAGGAGAACCUCUUCGUAUCCUGGGGAGCCGAGGAGGAGGACGGAGACAAGGAGGACAAGGACGAGGAGGAAGGAGAAGCACACAGCAGGACUCCCGGGAGCUGGUACAUCACUGCGACGAGUGCCAAGAGCAAACGGAUUAAUGGGUCCCCAUCGGCCGCCCCUCUGAGGAAUGACUUCUCACGGUCGCUGGUGAUAACCGGCUCCAAAGCAAACAACCCAACAGACGGGAGGAAGGGGCCGGCGGAGCGAGCAGAGAGCGAACCCGCUCGCUCCGGUCAUUUGGAUAACAAAACAGGAGAUAACACGGGAUGGAUCCCUGAUCCAGAACGGGACAGGGCAGUCCCGGUCAGCGUCACCGUCCCAGUCGCCCCGCCCUGCCCUGCAGAGGCUGCAGAACAUCCAGCCGGGGGGAAACACACCCCUGAGAUAACCCGACAGAGACGGGACGGAGAGGAGGCGGAUACGAAGCGGGAAGAACCCAACUGCUCCACAACAAGGAUGAGAGGCCACGACGUCGGGAUCGGGGUCCUGGUACCCACGCUGCUGCUGGCAGUCUGCCUCCACACCAGGACCCUCAGAGCAGGUGAGUCUCUGUCUCCACACCGGGACCCUCAGACCAGAGCAGACCAGGGAGGAGGAGGAGGAGGAGGCUCAGACACCAUCGGCCACUCUCUGGCGCUGGUGCAGCGGCUGGAGGCCCUGCUGGCCCAGGGCAACGGCAGCGACGUGACGCUGCGCGUGGAGACGGCCAGCGCCGACGGGGUGAAGCUGAUCCAGGCCCACGCCCUGGUGCUCUCCCUGCAGAGCUCCGUGUUCGAGGAGCUGCUGGCCGCCCGCAACGGCAGCACCCUGCUGCUCACCGAGGGGGCCGACUGCGCCGGGGUCUUCGACAAGUUCAUCAAGUACCUCUACUGCGGGGAGGUCUCCCUGCGCCUGGACCAGGCCACCCCGCUGCACAAGCUGGCCACCAAGUACCAGGUGGCCGACCUGCAGGCCGCCGUGGCCCGCUACAUGAGCGAGAACCUGGCGCGCGACUCUCCGUCGGGCCACGUGGUGGGCUGGUACGAGUACGCCCAGCAGGCCGGCCAGGCCACGCUGCGGGACAGCUGCCUGCAGUUCCUGGCGUGGAACCUGUCGGCGGCGGUGCAGAGCGCCGAGUGGAGCUCCAUCAGCAGCCGGCUCCUCAUGUCCCUGCUGCGGCGCUCUGACCUGGUGCUGCACAGCGAGAUGGAGCUGUUUGCCGCGCUGGAGGCCUGGAUCCUCCGCAACGACCCCGACGGGCUGACGGCCGAGAACGCCCUGCGCGCCGUGCGCUACGCCAUGAUGCCGCCGCGGGACCUCUUCCGCCUGCAGACGCAGUCGCCCGCGCUGGCCCGCUACCAGGAGUCGGUGCGGGACCUGCUGUACCUGUCCUACCAGUUCCACUCCGCCUCGCCGCUGCAGAUGGCCAAGUUCUUCGACGUCAACUGCAGCCUGUUCACGCCCAGGAACUACCUGUCGCCGCUGUGGGGCGCGGCCUGGGCCAUCGGCAGCCCCUCGCGCGACGACCGCAGCACCAGCUUCCAGACGCAGCUGGGCCCCAGCGGCCACGACGCCAGCAAGAGGGUGACCUGGAACGCCCUGUUCUCCCCCCGCUGGCUGCCCCUCAGCCUGAGGCCGCUCUACACCGAGACGGGCGCCAUGCAGCCCGCCAGGGUCGACGGCGGCCGGCCACGCGUCAUCAUCACCCCCGCCACCUCCAGCGCCGACUUCGCCGGGGUGAACUUCCAGAAGACGGUGCUGGUGCUGGCUCAGCGGCACGGCCGCGUGAUGGUGAAGCACGUCUACGACUUCCACCAGAGCACCGAGGAGAGCGGAGACUUCCUGGCGGAGGCCGACCUGACCCGGCGAACCUCCGAGUACCUGGUGGACGGAGCCCUCUACCUGCAUGUGGUGGUGAAGCCGCUGUACCAGACGCUCAGCAAGAGCUGA